UUUGUUAUCAUUUUACCCUCAUUAUCAGAGGUUGCGAAAUAAAAAUGAAAUAAAAGAUCUACGAUACCGUUAACUUUCGUCUUUUACUUGUGCACACGCUGCAGACGCCGCAGCUGAGUGAUAAGCUUUUAACUUUUCAAUUAUAAUCCCCGAUACAUAGAAAAAACUUGAUAAUCACCCAGUUUUAUCCUCUGCCACCUCCAGUAUCAGUUCACAGCACAGCAGUAGAUAAUCAGUCAGUUGCUGUCACUCUGUGUCAGUUCACUGUCGCCGAGUAGAACUUUCGCUUUUUAGGUCAUUGCUCUUCAGUGCACUUUAUAUCUUUUCAAUAGAAGAUGCGGCUCAUUAUUUUGGAUGAUGUUGACAGAGUUGCAGAAUGGUCAGCGAAAUAUGUUCUCAAGCGAAUCAAUGAUUUUAAACCCGGUCCAGAUCGUUACUUUGUAUUAGGGUUACCCACAGGUGGAACACCCUUAGGCAUGUACAAGAAGUUGAUCGAAUUCCAUAAGGCAGGAAAACUUUCAUUCAAAUAUGUUAAAACUUUCAACAUGGAUGAGUAUGUCGGAUUACCUCAAGAUCACCCAGAGAGCUACCACUACUACAUGUUCUAUAACUUCUUGCAGCAUAUUGACGUAGAACCUGAAAAUGCUCAUAUCUUAGAUGGAAAUGCUCCAGAUUUGCAGAAAGAGUGUGAAGAAUAUGAACGGAAAAUCCAAGAAGCUGGGGGCGUGCAUCUCUUCAUAGGGGGAAUUGGACCGGAUGGACACAUAGCAUUUAAUGAGCCUGGAUCAUCUUUAGUCUCUCGCACAAGAGUGAAAACCUUGGCGUAUGAGACGUUAGAAGCAAAUGCCAGGUUCUUUGGUAACGACAUCACAAAAGUGCCUCAAGAAGCAUUGACUGUAGGAGUUGGCACCGUAAUGGAUGCCAAAGAGGUCAUGAUACUGAUCACAGGUUCGCACAAAGCUUAUGCUUUAUACAAAGCGAUUGAAGAAGGUGUGAAUCACAUGUGGACUGUAUCAGCGUUCCAACAACACCCGCACACAAUCAUUGUAUGUGACGAGGAUGCAACAAACGAACUUCGAGUUAAGACUGUCAAGUAUUUUAAGGCUUUAGGUGAAGUGCAUCAGCAACUAAUUGAAUCGAAUCCUGUCAGCAAAAAGGGCUCUGUUCUAUCUGGUGUUAAGGGAGAUUAACAAUUGCUACUUCUCCGUAGUUUAGACGUCUCUUUAAUCUUUCUUUCUACUUUGCUAUUGAACUUAUCAGUGGUUCACAGCAAACUGGUAAAUGAUGUAUAACUCUUCAAAUCCAUUCAGAAUGUGAGACUGAUCGACCCUAGCCGCAUCACUUUGUUUGAACUCACAAUCAGUUCAUCUACUGCGAGGUGCAGGAGAUUGGCACCCUCAUUUUAUUGGUUGAUUUGUUAUAAUUUUGUUUUUUUGUUUUUCUGUUUUAUGCCAAUGUUUGAUUUCUUCUCUUCAGUUCUAAUUGUGCCUAUGUUUUAUUCGAAUGAAGCAAAUUAAACAAUCGGAACCAUAAGGAAUAGUGAUAUGCUUUUAUGCAAAGUGAUCAGGAGUGGUCGAAAAAAUUUUAAAAAAAAUUAACCUCAACAUGAAUUACUUAAUCCAUGUCCUAUCAAAUUUUCAUUCCAUUUAUUUUAUUUAAUGCUAUUCUCCAGAGACUCAAGAAAUUAGGAACUUUUUAAUCAAGCUCGGCUCUUCUUUACACUGAUUUUUAAAUAAUUUUAAAUUUAUUUUUACCUUCAAUUUGAGCUUUAUGAAUAAUAUUUUAUGGUAAUUAUGUCUCUCGAACCACUACGUCUCUUAUAUCAUUUUAUUUGAGCAUUUUACUGAAAAAAAUUGAAGCUUUAAUAUUUAAUCCCUCAACAGAUAAAAUGGUUUCUCAGGUAUUGCAUCAUUACAUCUUUACAAAUACAGACUUUGUGAAUAUUGAAGGUUUUAAUUUUUUUAGUUGUUUUUUCAAGGUUUUGUGAGGUGUUCGACUUGAGAGCUAUGAAUAAAUCAGAAACUAUACAUUUACAGUGGCUAAGUGUACAGAAAUUAUAAAGCCUGAAUGUACGAUACUUGAGCUUUAAUGGAUUUUGAGUUGAAAACACCGAACCAACGCUUGUAGAAUUCGCAUAGUUUUUAUUCUAUUCAAGUUGGGACGGAUAGCAAUAGUCUUCAUUUCUCUUUUAGGAUGCACUUGAUUAUACAGGAUUAUGAGGGUAGGAAGGACCGACCCGAAUUUUAGAGAAAAUUAAAUCUGGAGUAAUUCUGAGAUCAACUAGUCAUAUACUCUCCCCUGUUAAAAAGAAAAAACGCCAUAGUGUAUUUUCCGAAGGAAAUACACUAUUGUGUACAAAGGAAUCACAAAUUACCUCUUAAAUUGAGUGGUACAAAGGAAUUUAUCUUCAAAAGUAUUUUUCUCUAUUUCAAGUUGAUAUGUUUAGGUUGGUUCCUUUCCCUGAUUUCGGCCCAACUAUCGAUUGGUUCUUAAAAAUAGGUUCAAGGAAUUUAGCUUCGUCUUCAGCGAGAGUUUUUACUUGUCUGAUAUUGCCUUAAUUUUUCACAAUGAAAUUUUUCUUUGUGCGCUUUUAGCUCCGUGGAAUAAUUGAAUAUUUUCAGUAUGUAAUCGUCCUUAAAAGAAUUCCCAGGUCUCAAAGGCGUGUUUUCCAGAAAUGUGCUUCUUGCCAAGUUUGGUCAGACAUUCUGUACCUUGUGUUUUUGAUAGGAAGUAUUUCCUAUUAGCAGAAAAACUUAUUUUUGAGCUUUAUGCUAAGGUGUUGAUUCCCCUUAUGCUGUAUAUCAGUAAAUUUUUGCUGUUUCAGCUUAAUUUUGAUGAGGAUUCUCUACUCCAGAGGAGACUUUUAGUAUUAUUGAGUGAAGCUUCAUUAUGAUAGCGGUAAUAAUUAUAGCAAAGAACUCACGCCACCAAGUCUUCGUCUUUUUUUUUUUUUUCCAAGUGUCCAUUAAUGAACAAGUCCUGCAAGGACAAAGUGUCUUGAGAUUGCAUACUAGCACCAAUUUUUCUUUUUUAGGAAGACAGCGAUAAUUCUAGUUAAUUCAUUCAUUUAAUAACCAUCUCAAUUAUUUCUUCCUGCAAUAAGUAACUACUUGUGUUCAUUCCUCUCAAAAUGCUGUGUAACAACUGGGAGAAUACUUUCCGCGAUUUUUCCGUUUGUGCCGUAACUUUUUCAAGUCAAAAUAUUCUAGAAAAGCAAGUGGCUGAUGAUCAAUCACUUGGUUUAAUUUUAAGACAACCAGUACCUUUAGAUUGUUACAACUUACAAUGGUUUUUAUUAUAUUUUUUUACCUUUUACCUUGUACUCAUGCUGUUUUUACUAACCCUUUUUUAAGAGUAAUAAAAAAUAAUGCCAAA